CCGCUCCCGCAGCUCCUCCCGCCGCUCCCCCCCCCGCUCCCGCAGCUCCGCAGUCCGGCGCAGCCCCGGCCGGAGAAAAUGGCGGAUCGCGCCGAGAUGUUCUCGCUCUCCACCUUCCACUCGCUCUCCCCGCCCGGCUGCCGGCCCCCCCAGGACAUCAGCCUGGAGGAGUUUGAUGACGAGGACCUGUCAGAGAUCACGGACGACUGCGGCAUCGGCCUCAACUACGACUCGGACCACUACGAGAAGGACUGCCUGGUGCUGGAGCGCGGGGAGCAGCCGCACCCCGUGUGCACCUUCCAGGACGACUUCCAGGAGUUCGAGAUGAUCGACGACAACGACGACGACGACGACGAGGAAGAGGAGGAGGAGGAAGGCAACGAGCUGGAGGCGCCGCCGUCCCCCUCGGCCUCGCCCAUCCCCUCGCCCGCCCUGGAGGAGACGCAGAAGCAUCGCCCCACCACGCUCAACCUGACGGCCCCGGGCACCCAGGAUUCCCUGAACAACAACGGCGGCUUCGCCCCGCCCGCGCCGCGCCCCAGCUGGCAGGACGCGCUGCUGCACUCCUCCUCCUCCUCCUCUUCCUCACACACCGGACACUCGUCCCCCCACGCCUGCAUCCUGGACGGACCCUGCCUGGAGAGCCCGCCGGGCCCCGGGGGGGCUCCCCCCUCGCUGCCGCCCUCCCCCCUGGACUCGCAAGGCAACAGCCCCGAGUCCCUGGCACAUGGGCCCGCGGCUCCCCCCGGCGCCCCCGAGGCCGCCCCCCCGCCCCAGGCCGCCCCCCAGGCCCCCACGCAGCCCCAGGGCGGCGGCAGCCCGGGGUCCCCCCGCCCGCAGCCGCAGCCGCGGCCUCCCCGGCCGGAGCGGGACGGGGCUCCCGCGGAGCCGCUCAGCUCCGACGGGGAGGGCGCCCAGUCCGGCCGGGCCGCCAGCGUGCGCGGCCACCCCUCGGGCUCCUCGGAGACCACGUCGCCCUCCUCGGACCCGGGCAUCGAGGCCGACCUCACGAGCCGCACGGCCAAGCCCUUCCUGCCCGGCGGGCGGCGCGGGGACGAGCUCAGCUCGCCCGGCUCUGACUCGGACGUGGACGGGGAGCUCGAGGCGGCUUUCGCCGGCGGGCGCCUGGUCAGCAACAUGAUCUCGUCCAUCUCGGAGACCGAGCUGGACCUCAGCAGCGACAGCAGCAGCGGCCGCUCGUCCCACCUGACCAACUCCAUCGAGGAGGCCAGCUCGCCCGGCUCCGAGGGAGAGCUGGAGCCCGAGCUGGAGGCGCCCGGCCUGCUGGGCAUCAAGGACUCGCUGCUGCUGGACAAGGGCAAGGAGGACGAGGAGGAGCCGGCCGAGAGGGGCCCGCCGGAGCGCGGCGUGCUCAGGAGGGAGAGCCUGGCCGAGCUGAAGAUGGACGCCUACUACGACAGCCUGGACCCGGCCGACGGCCCCGCGCCCGAGGGCCAGACCGAGGUGUCCAGCGCCAGCCCCCUGGACCUGAAGAUCGACCCCGACCACAGCCUGGAGAGCAUCCGCCGCUCCUUCUACCUGCCCGUGGGGCCCAAGCUGAUGCCUGAGGCGGACGAAGAGGACAACAGCGAGUACGACUCCGACUCGGAGUCGGAGCCCGACCUGAGCGAGGACUCGGACUCGCCGUGGCUGCUCAGCAACCUGGUGAACAAGAUGAUCUCGGAGGGCUCGUACCCCAUCAAGUGCCCGGACGAGUGCUUCCAGAACAGCCACUCGCUGUGCGACACCAUCUCUCCCGCCUCCGACCUGGAGCCCGAGAUCCUGAGCGAGGCGCUGGACGAGGAGCCGGGCCCGCGGGACUCGCCGGCGGCGCUGGCGGACACGGCAGCAGGGACACGGUGCCAGCGCGGCGCCAUCGAGCUGGUGGACAUGGAGACGCUGCGCAGCUCCCUGGCCGAGGCCGAGCACGCGGCCGCCGAGCCGCCGCCGGAGCCGCCGGCCGAGGAGCCGGGGCCCUUCCUGUUCCUCAGCAACCCCACCAACGACACCAUCGCGCCCGUGUGCCCCGGCCGCCCCGUCGCCCUCGGCCGCCUGGACGCCUCCGAGGUCCUGGCCACCCUGGGCUGCCGCCCGGCCUCGCUGCCACGGGCGUCCCCCGGCGCCGAGCCCGCCGUCAGCGGCGGCGAUCGCAGCCCCGCCAGCCCCCGGCGCUGGGCCCUCGACGGCGACCUGGACUCGGGCGUGCUGGAGGCCGACUCCAUGAUCGACGACGUCCGGUUAGCGCCCGACGCCGACCCCGCCGCGCUGGACGUGUCCACGGCCAAGACCAACCGCGGCUUCGCCAUGGCCUUGGAGGAGGCCGAGCCGGCCUUGGUGGCCUCGCGUCGGGGCAGCCCGGCCGGGGAGGCGCCGGAGCCGCCGGAGCCACCGGCGCUGGACGAGUCGCUGGCCUACGACUCGGUCAAGUACACGCUGGUGGUGGACGAGCACACGCAGCUGGAGCUGGUCAGCCUGCGGCGCUGCACGUCCGUGCUCAGCGACGACAGCGACAUCCUGAGGGCCUGUGACGACGAGGUGGCCUUUGGGGACGGGCUGGUGGCCCCCGACGCGCGCAGCUCCUCCGAGGACUCGUCCCCCGAGGCCGACCUGCAGUUCUCCAAGAAGUUCCUCAACGUCUUCGUCAACAGCACCUCACGCUCCUCCAGCACAGAGUCCUUCGGGCUGUUCUCCUGCAUGGUGAACGGCGAGGAGCGGGAGCAGACCCACCGCGCUGUCUUCAGGUUCAUCCCGCGGCACGAGGACGAGCUGGAGCUGGACGUGGACGAUCCCAUCCUGGUGGAGCUGGAGGAGGACGAUUACUGGUACCGGGGCUACAACAUGCGCACGGGCGAGCGCGGCAUCUUCCCCGCCUUCUACGCCCACGAGGUGGUGGGGCAGGCCCGCGACGCCGUCGGGCUGAAGCGGAACCCGUGCUGGCUCGAGCGGUUCAAUGUGCAGUUCCUGGGCUCCGUGGAGGUCCCGUACCACCAGGGCAACGGCAUCCUCUGCGCCGCCAUGCAGAAGAUCGCCACCACCCGGAAGCUGACGGUGCACCUGCGGCCCCCGGCCAGCUGUGACCUGGAGGUGACACUGCAGGGCAUCAAACUCAUCCUGACCGUCACCGAGUACAGCCCCGAGCACGAGUUCGAGCGCUGCAGCCACUUCUUCCAGAUGAAGAACAUCUCCUUCUGUGGGUGCCACCCCCGGAACAGCUGCUAUUUCGGGUUCAUCACCAAGCACCCGGUGCUGAGCCGCUUCGCCUGCCACGUGUUCGUGUCGCAGGAGUCCAUGAGACACGUGGCCGAGUGUGUCGGUCGAGCGUUUCAGGAAUAUUACCAGGAGCACCUGGAGUACGCCUGCCCCACAGAGGACAUCUACCUGGAGUAGGGUCCCUGCCACCCCCAGGACCCGGGGCCACCCCUGGCACUCGGGGCCAUCCCCGGCACUCGGUGUCACCCCCAGGGACUCUGGGUCACCCUUAGGGACUCGGUGUCACCCUUAGGGACUCGGUGUCACACUAGGGAUUCUGCAUCACCCCCAGGAACUCGGUGUCACCCCCAGGGACUCAGUGGGACCCCAGGGACUCUCUGUGUGACCCUUAGGAGCUCUGUGUGACUCCUAGGGACUCUGUGUCACCCCCAGGGACUCGGUGUCACCCCCAGGGACUCGGUGUCACCCUUAGGGACUCUGUGUCACCUCCAGGGAAUCUGUGUGACCCUUAGGGACUCGGUGUCACCCUUAGGGACUUGGUGUGACCCCAGGGACUCUCUGUGUGACCCCAGGGUUUCUCUGUGUGACCCCCCAGAGUCUCUGGCCCCCCCGCGCCCCCCCGCACGCCCCCCCCCACCUCUCGGGGGUCCGGGGGUCCCCUCGGGGGGUGACACAGCCCGGGGGGGGGUGGCACGGCCCGAGCAGCCCCCCCUGCAUGAGCACGGCCAGCCCGGGGGGCAGCGGGCCCGCGGCUUUGGGGGCACGGGGGGGGUCCGGGGGAGCACGGGGGGGGGGGGGCCGGGGGCAGCUCGGGGGAGGGGGGGAAUCUCCGCGCACCCCCAAAUCCGCGCUGCCCCCCCCACAGGAACGGGGAUCCCCCAGAGCCGCCCCCCGCCCCGGGUGUGCUGCCCCUCGUGUCGGUGUCCCCGGCUGUCCCCCCCCCGCCCGCCCGCCACCGAGCUCGGGACCCCCCCGGGGCCGCCCCCUCCUCACUGCUGUGCCUGGUGGUCCCUCGCUUCGGCCCUGUCGCCCAGCGCUAUCGUGACUAUAUCGCCACCCGCUCGAUGUCCCGGUAUUUAUCUGUACUCAGCAGCCAGAGGAGCCCCCGAGCCACUGUGCCACCCCGGCUGUCCCCACGCCGUUGUCACCCACUUGGUCUUUCAAUAAAAUAUAUGCUUGGUGUGA